AUUUGUGGAACCAAGGCUAUCAUGCGCCGUUGAUGUAAGCACUGCUCUUAAUGCAUACUGCGCUUUGCGGGGCGCCCUCAUAGCGAAAUUCACCGAAAGCCUUAUAUCAUGCUAUCUUCCUGGAAGGUCUCUAGAUAUGCCAGAUUCCCACUGGCAGCUCUACUCGGCGCAAGAUGCGUUGGCAGCGUGAAUCUUCAUCGCCACGCCCCCCACCACCCAGAGUCAGCUAAUUCACGAGAUAAAAUCUUUGCUUUAUUGGGCCUCGCAGCAGAUCGGGAGAAGUUGAAAGAUUGGAUAGACAGGCGAUGGAGAACUUCAUAUAUGGUAACGUGAAAAUAUGUUAGCGGUAAUUAGGAGCGUUUCCGAG